CGGGGAGGGGCUUUCUAAGCGUUUGGGUUCUAAUCACACGUGGGGGGUGGCGAGCCCUGCAAACAGAAGGGCGAGAGGUGGUUCCUGGCAAUGAAGCCAUGGUGACUAGUUCAGCUGUUCUCCCGUGCAGCGAGGUCUAGGGGCAGCCAAACGGAAAACCUCCUCUGAUCACAAGGCAUCUAAGAGAAAAGCCUAGCCACGCUGGGGGCAGAGAUGAUCCUGAGCGCUCCAGCUAAGAAUUGACAGUAAAUCCCUUACCCCAUACACACUCUCAUCACAGGGCAAACACUUCCCCAUGCACAUUGACCUGCAGCGUGCAAGCAAGCUUAGCCUGCAGCCAAGCGUUCUCCCGUGGUACUAAAAUUCAGUCCGCUUAGAGCCAUGGGGAAUGGGAUGAACAAGAUUCUGCCUGGCUUGUUCCUUGGCAACUUUAAAGAUGCUCGAGAUGCGGAGCAACUGAGCAAGAAUAAUGUUACACACAUUCUGUCAAUCCAUGACGGUGCUAGGCCUAUGCUUGAGGGAGUGAAAUAUCUGUGCAUUCCUGCUGCCGAUUCACCUUCACAGAAUUUGACAAGACAUUUCAAAGAGAGCAUCAAGUUUAUCCAUGAGUGCCGGCUUAGAGGUGAGGGCUGUCUUGUUCACUGUCUCGCUGGAGUCUCCAGGAGCGUAACUUUGGUAGUCGCUUACAUCAUGACAAUCACAGAUUUUGGCUGGGAAGAUGCAUUGUCUAUUGUACGAGCAUCGAGAUCCUGUGCCAAUCCUAACAUGGGCUUCCAGAAGCAGCUACAGGAGUUUGAAAAACAUGAUGUUGACCAUUUCAGGCAGUGGCUGAAGGAAGAAUAUGGAGAAAAUUCUUUGCAAGAUGAGCAAGAAGCCAAAAUUCUUCUGGGUAAAUAUAAAGAGCAGGCAAUGAUGCAACCAGGUCCCGGCGGGAGACAGUGGAAUAAUAACUUUUCCUCACUGCCUUCCCUGUCAUACAACAGCUACACAACAGAGACCUAAUCACUCCAGACUGGAUUCACUUUCUUUUUUCCUUCGACCUGUUUUAAAAACAGACAUCACCAGUGUCCCCUCCACUCUCUAUGGAAGUCAUGCGAGCUGUACUCUUGUGGAAUACUUGAUGAAAAUAUUAUACCGCACGUGUGUGUGUUUGACACAAUUUUACAGUUUUAUGUAACACCACUCUCUGUAAGCUUCUCUCUUGAGAGGCACCCCUUAUGUCAGGUUGUCACUGUCCUCAGACUCCACCCCCUUUAUAAUAUGUGCGUCUCCAAAACACACUCGUGUGCACAUGAUAACAUUGUCUCCAAAGAAUGAGCUUCCAAAGUGUGUGAGCACUUAUGUAUUUUUUGCUUGUGCUACGGUUGCUGUUUGACCUUAGCUACCUCAAAAAUGCUGUUCUUGUCACUGAGGUUGUAAAUGCAACUUUGAAAAUUGCCUCGAUUUUACACUUGAUGAACGCAAAGUGUGUGUGUCAUAAAAAAAAUUAUUUGAGAGGUUUCUGGCUUUCAUUUAAAUUAUUCAUAGUUGUCACUAGUUUGAAUUAAAAAUUAAGAUUAAGUAGGAAGAUUCAAGAUGUGUGAAUUCCAUCUAUUUUGCCAAUUUAAAACCAGUGGUCAAAUUUGUCAGAGUGCACAUGUAAGCAACAUUUUAAAUCAGAGUAAAAAAACUAGAGGCUAUAUUCUGCUUCUAGUUAUCCUGGUGUAAAUCUGGAAUAGCUCAGUUGACUUAGCUGGAAUUAUUUUGAAUUUACAACGGUGUAACUGCAAACAAGUUAAUGAAGUUGUUCCAGAUUUACACUGGUGUUAUGAUGAGGAGAAUUGGAUACAAUGUCCUUACUUUUAGUCUUUGAUUCAGAGCAAACAGAGGUAUCGUUUAAAGAUUCCAGAACAAAGAAGGAUGCUCUCCCAACCUGCAAGGACAUUUCAAGAGAAUCAAGCUGUUUUCAAUACACAGUGCAUGCUGAGUGUCCCAGUCAUCUACAGUAAGAGAGAUUCAACACAUUGUACUUAACCAGAAUUUUUUUUAUUUCAUGUCCUAUGAUACGCUAACUUACAAACAUUUAACGUGGUAUCCUUUGAUGCUUGCUGCCAAUGUCUUCACACAAUGAUGAGCCCUGGGAUGGACUGGAGAUGGACUGUAGGGGUAAAGUAAACCCCAAAAUAUUUUUGACAUCUUAUCUAUUUUAAUGGAAUGGAAAGUAUGGCUAUUAAAAAUCCAUUAACGCAAAAAUUAGGAUUUACAUUACUACUAUAAUCCAGCUCCCAGCUGCCCCAGAAUUCUUUGUUGUGGGCCUCAUCGCACCACACAGUGCUAGUAUAUUACAUAUGGCCAGAACAAAUUGUAACUGUAUUGGUGGCAGGUGUUGGGAUAUUGUAGGACUUGGAAAAGUCUUACCUUUUGUUUCCAACCUCAUAGCUUGCUGAAUCCCAUGUGUGCGCGUUACUUAAUCUUUGCAGACCACCACCAUUAACAGAUAACACUUGGCUAGCAGGCAAACAGGUGACUGUCUGAAUUUCAAUGGGAGACGGGUUUAGUAAUUGCCCAAGACAAUACUAUUAGACCGAUGGAAGCUUCCAUUCAUGGUCACUAGUUUUUGUAAAUUGGAGACUUAG